AUGCUGUUUAAUUUGUUUAUUAACGAUAUUGUUGAUAUGAAUUUAAAGCCAAAGAUAAUUUUGUUUGUAGGUUUAAAAUUGGACAAGCUUCACAAAUGUCCCAACUGUUUACGAACAUAUUUGCACAUCGGUUCGCUGAGGCGUCAUUUUAAAAGCGAAUGCGGCAAAAGGGCCAACGACAAAUGCCCGUUUUGCGACAAGAUUUUUAAGCACAAGCGCCAUUUACAAAGACAUAUAAAACACUUUUGCCGAGCUCCGCUCACGACUGGAUACACUGAGGUGGAUGACACCACGUUCGAGUGCGACACCUGUAAUCGUUUGAAUGCCAUUCACGCAUGUCCAAAUUGCAAUCGAAAAUAUAUACAUAUUGGUUCUUUAAGGCGACAUUGUAGGACAGAAUGCGGUCAAGAGGGCAAAACAACUAGAUUCACUCAAACGCGCGUCAUUAAAAUGGUAGAUCGCUCAACUCAAAAAGGACUAAGGAAAGAUAAAAAGCAUAGCCACAAGAAAUCUGAAGGAACGGAUCUUAAAGUGAUAAAGAAAAAGAAAGUGUUAUCGAUUUUAAAGAAAAAGAAACAUGUGAUCCAGAGCUUUUUGGAUGACGAGGCUGAAAAACUACAGAAGCAGGUAGCUGUGCAAAGUAUGUUGUCCAAAGAAGCUAAAGUCGUAUUGCAAACGCCAGUAAUUAAUAGAGCAAUGAGAUCAAGAAGUAAUUCAGUUAAAUCAGAACCGGGACAUAUAGCGAGCAGUUCCCGUCCUUCUUCUUCCUGUUCUUACAAUUAUAAUAAACCCUAUAACUAUGGCAGAAGUUGCGAGGCGUGCAUUCUACUUAAAGAAAGCGGCAAAUUCGCUUGUCAAGGCUGCCAGAGAAAAAGCUCAAUAUUAAACGAACCCCCUAACAAAGUUUACAAUUACGGAAAAACCUGCGAAGCUUGCAAAUUACUCAAGGAACAAGGCAAGUACGCUUGUCCUGCUUGCCAAGAAAAAUUCCUUUUGACCAUGUACAAUUACGGGAAAAAUUGCGACGUUUGUCAGUUGUUUAAAGACAGCGGUAAAUACGCGUGCGGUCGAUGCCAGAAGCUGCCAAACAACUCAAAGAACAAAAGCAAAAAGAAUAAAACCGAAGGGCGUAGUCAUAAAAAAUCUCACAAAAAGAAUAAGAAGAAAAAAUCUGCUGCGAGCGUGGAAUCGAUAUCUUUAAAUGAAGAUAAUCAAGCUACAACUAGUGAAAAUAAUAACGAGGAUAACAUUGAAGUUGAAAACGAUGAUGACGAGGAUGAUGAAUUCAUUGAAUACGUUUCUUUAAGAGACUUAUUAAAUGGCAAUGAGAAGUAG